AUGAUCGUUAUAUCUGUCGCACAAAAAACAUAUGCAAGAGAUGGGGAUGCCUUUGGAGAGGAAUAUGAAAUACAAUUGAAAAAGUUUCUAAAGAUAGUAUGCAAAAAUUCAAUACUGACUUAUGACUCAAGUGUACGUUAUCUCAAAAUUUCAGACUAUCAUAAACUCUCAAAUAAGAUUUCUCAAGCAUAUCCUAACUUAAUUCAUCUUAAUGUUUUUAACAAUGGGAGGUUAACUGAUCAUUCUAUUAUCGAACUCGCAAAUAGAUGUUCUAAAUUACAGUAUUUGGAAAUUAGUUGGGGCGGAAAUAUUACUGACAAGUCUAUCUAUGAAAUUGCGAGAUCUUGCUACUGCUUAAGGCAUCUAGGAAUAAGCGGAGGUAAAAGUUGUAUUUCUGAUAAAUCUAUACGCGAAAUUACACGAUUCAAUCCCAAUAUCCAAUCUUUAAAUUUUAAUAACUGCAAGAAGCUUACCGAUAUCACAAUCCAUGCUCUUGUAGGUUCAUACCUGGAUCUGAGGGAAUUAGAUCUUAGUGACUGUAAACGGAUAACUGACAUAGGCAUCAGACAAAUCGCACAAUGUCGUAAUCUGGAACACCUUGCACUUAAUUAUCUUAAAUUUCUUAGUGAUGAAAUGAUAUGUAUUAUUGUGCAAUCAUAUCCAAGCAUUUCUUAUCUCAAUCUUAAAUUUUGUAAUAUUACAGAUACAGCAGUAGAAGCAGUAACACAAUCAUGUCGUAAUAUAGAAUACCUCAAUUUUUAUGGAUCAAAAUCUAUUACUGAUAAGUCUAUUUCUAAAUUAGCAAAAAUAUGUUCUAAGGUUCGAGAUCUUGAAUUAGGAUUUUGCGAGCUUAUAACCGAUAUAGCUAUCAAAGAUAUCGCACAUCGUUUAUUUGAUCUAAAAUAUCUUGGUUUAAAAUAUUACAUAAAUAUUAGCAAAGAGGUAUUAGAUAUGCUGAAUUCGGAUUUAGAUAUAGGUGGGUAUUAUACAAUUCCAUCUACUUUAUAA